AUGUCAUGUACAUUUGAUAAGCUGUCCCUCAGUCACUCACUGUCAUCAUCAGGUUUCCUCACUGAAAACAGCAGUUUGUUCUCAAUGACUGAAAAUGACUUUGACCAGUUGGCAACGAAAAAGACAAACGAGUUGUUUGAUGCAAUGGAUGGGAUAUUGUUUGAUGGCAAGCAUGAUGGAAACCACGCCAUCAUCAGGGAGUGUCACGAAUGGAGAAGUGCAUUUCCUCAUUUGAGGGUGACUGGUGCAAAGUUGUUGGAGCAACAGGAACAUGGUUACCAAAGGUAUUCACCCUCAACAAAAUUAAUGAACAACGAAUUAACAUACAGACAUCUGCAGGGUCUUGAGGUGAAAGGAGAAAAAGCUUCAAAAAUUUUAAAAUCAGUUGGCAGUGGUGAGGAAGAUGAAGCUGAUGAAUAUGGGUCUUCAAUAAAUGGUGCUAAUUAUGAUGGCGAUGAUGAGGUCAUCGAACUUCAAGGUCAUUAUGAAGAAGUCCUCGCUAUUGACUACUAG